AAAUCUUAUGUAGAAUCGAAUGUUGAAGUAACGACGCCAUGAGGCGGCGUCUAUCCCACAACCUGCGCGUAGCGGUGGGCCUGGUUUUUCUACUGCUGGCUCAACUAGUCGUCGGUCAGAAUAACCCGGCGCUGACCAAUAAUGACCCAAUCAACAGCAAUAUUAACGCCAAUACGUUUUACUUUGACAGCAACAGUGACUGCAAUGGUCCUAUCAGAGAGCUGUAUGGGCUUGAAGCCACCAUCAGGGGCAAUGACCUCUCCUCACAAAGGCUGGGCCCAGCAACUUGUACCAUUGUACUGCGAUCCACCAGUCAGUUUGAAGGAACUGUCCUUGAUAUUGAAGUGAAAGCAAUGAAUAUUCUUGACUGUACUACACAGGUGGCAAUUUAUGAUGGGGAUGGUGCCCAGAUUUUGCUGAUGUCACAUGACUGUCGCUCAAGUCAAAAUCAGUUCCAGAAAAGAUUUUUAACCUCAGGGAACACAGCAACAUUCAUCAUGACCCGUCCAAACGUCAACAGCUACAACUUUGAUAUUGAAAUCAAAAUUUAUCCAGUCAGAGCUGGGUCUGAUACUAAUUAUGAGAAUGGUUAUGGAUCAAGCAAUCCAUUUGCUUUCUACAAGUUUCCACAUGAAGGCAUCGUUGGAAUGAUUGGUGGUUUCUAUGCUGCUAUCAUUGGGAUCUGUAUUAUUGUGAUAAUUUACAAGAAUCGAUCCUUCCAAGGUCUAAACAAAGAGUGGGAGACACAUCAGCUCGCCACACUAAAAACUGAAGAAGUCUGCCUUGGUUGUCAGCACACAACUGAACCAAAGACAACAGAAGAAACAGUGCUGGAAGAUCAGUUACACAUCUUGACACUUCCUACUGACAAUGAUGGAUACUUGAUGACAGCAGAGGCUAGGCAAGAUUUAGUAUCACAAAUACAGUCAGGUUUAGUGCCUCAGUUAGAUGCUAGAGACAACACGACAGUACAGGCUAGACAAGAUUUAGUAUCACAAACACAGUCAGGUUUAGUGCCUCAGUUAGAUGCUAGAGAUAACAUGACAGUACGGGCUAGGCAAGAUUUAGUAUCACAAACACAGUCAGGUUUAGUGCCUAAAAUAGAAGCUGGAAACAACACGACAACAGAAAUUCACAGACGUCAGUCGGUUCAAAUCUCAAAUCAAGCACCAACAAAUCAAGCGAACGAAAAUCAUUACGAUAUGAUAGAAGAUGAACUUAAUGAUUUUGCAAAUAAUUCUAAUUUUUGUGGCGCCAUUCAUCAAGAGCUACUAUACGAUACAUUAUCAGAGCACGUACCACCAUAUCAAACCAGCCACUCGACAAACUAUGAUGAUCUUAACUCAGACAUUGUGAAUACCAUCUACGACGACACAUCAUUAUAUAAUACCCCAGAUAACAACACAUAAAAAUGGAGAACACCAGUAUGCCGUGCCUAAAUACAAAUAAAGUAAUGUAGAUUUUUUUGAGGACCUGAUAUUAGACUUCAGACAUUGUUCCUUGUAAAGGUUUGAACUUUAAUACACAGCUCGUUAUUGUAGUCUUCCUUUUGUGCAUAUGACAUGAUGGAUUUUUAUAAUUUUUUGCUUAUUACAAAUUUUUAGUCUAUUUUUCUUCAUUAAAAUGUUUUAGACAUGCUUAGACUACC